AUGGCAGACAUAAGCAACAGUAAUGAGACGGCUACUGAACGAGAAUUGAAUGAAAGUGUCGAAAUGAAACCAGAUGGAACUGAUAAGACAGAGGGUAAUGAUGAAACUUCUCCUAGUCCACAAACUCUUGACUCGUCUUUGACUGAUCCUUUGCCCUCGCCAGAUGCGCCGACCGCUACAACGCCGCCGCCUUUAUCGUCACAAUCAGUUAAGGAAACCGAGCAAGUGUCGCAGCCUUCAGUGCAAUCUCAAGAAUUGAAGCAAUCUGUUGAGCAGGAUAGUCCCGGUGUCAGUAGUACUUCAUCUGAAGUCCCUCCUACGGUAGUUGCAGACAAACCACUUCCACCCAUUCCUCAAACCCAGUCCCUUGAACCUACAUCUCCCGCAACAACAUACCCCCCAACACAAGCACACUCAUCCCCUCAAUCUCCGAACCUGCCCUCAGACAUUGAGUCCUCGAUCCUAGACGCAACGCAAUCUUCGAUUAAUUCAUCUGCUGAACCUAAAUCGCGAAAAACACCGGCUUCUCCAUCUGAAAAAGCGAAGAAGAAUUUUACUAGCGCUUUCACAGCCGUAAGAGGGUUUCUUGUGAAAAGUUCCAAUAUGGUUGUGGAGAAAAUUAAUCAAAAACUGGAGGAGAUGGAUGAAGAGAUGCUGAAGGCCAUGGAAGAGGAGGAGUUGCUUAAACAAGUGGAAAAAAAUCAGAUACCAAAUGGGGAAAUUGAUGGAGGAGCUAAGGAGGUGCAGAAUGGGCGAAUCGUUACCGAAGAGGAGAAUCCAAGCAGUGCUGUUGCAUCAGGUGGCCUGGUAAAAGGAGACGUGAAUGAAGAUGAUUAUAAGAAAAAAAGAGAAGAGUUACUUGGACCUCCUACUCCUACGGCUACUAGUAACAAAAACAAUAUCAAGUAUGCGACUGUUCCUUCUUCGUCCAAAUCUGCAGCCAGAGCAUCGCAACAGAAUUCCACAAGGUCUGUCAUUGCUGAGACUGCCGAUGCAUUGAAUGAACGUGGAGAAAAACUGGGUCAGUUGAACGACAAGCUGGAGGACAUGUCGAACAGUAGUAAUGAAUUUGCUAGAUUGGCUAAACAACUAGCUGAAAAAGAGGCGAAUAGGAAAUGGUAUCAAUUAUUUUAG